UCCCAUAAACCCUUAUUAUAGAGUCCCACGCUUUAAUCUUCUUCCUAAUUUUGCUUCUGAGAAUCGAGCAUGAGGAGAAUCACACUAAAACCUUUCAAAACCCCACCCGCCGCCGCCGCCGCCAAUAAUCUCCGUCGCUUCUCCGCCGAUGUCCACCCCGUACCUCCGUCGACGCCGUCGCCGGAUCUCUCUUCCCCAAUCUCUCAGACACUCUCUCUCCUCCAAACCACCGAUCCCAGCUCCUGGCCUACCAACUCCAACCUCCAAACCCUCCUUUCCUCCCUCUCCCCACCGGCCGUCCUCAGAGUCACCCGCCAGCUGCCGAAUUACCAAAAUGCCCUCCAUUUCUUCAACCACCUGAAGACCGCCGCCGAGCUGUCCGAUUCCAUCCCCCUCGCAUUCCAAGCUGUUCUCGAGGUCGCCAUGCGCGAAAACCCAGGAACGCUGUGCGAGCUUUUUGUGCUGUCGAAAGAGCAGAAUAUUCCACUUUCUGUCAACGCGGCGACUCUCCUGAUCAAGUAUUUUGGUCGGGGCAAGAAGCUGGAUGAAAUGAUGUCCGUAUUUGAUUCAAUGGACGAGGAAAUGAAAAACACGGACGUGUUGAAUUUAGUUAUUGUUGGGUUUUUGAAAUGGGGACGUUUUAACGAUGCCUUGAAGCUGCUUGACGAAAUGCUUGAGCCGGAUUCUUGUUAUCCUCCGAACACGAAUACCGCGGGCAUUGUUUUCUCCUCCAUAUUGAAGAAAAAUUGGAGUGGCAGGAGAGUGACGGACGAGGAAAUCUGCAACCUCGUUACCAGUUUUAGUGAACACGGUGUUUCUCCGAAAAGUUUUGGUUUUUGGUUUACACAAAUCAUCAAGAGGUUUUGUAGGAACAAAGAGUUCGACAAGGCUUGGGUUGUUUUGCACGAGGGAAUAAAAUCAGGGUCCGAUGUGGAGAUUGCAUCUUGCAAUGCACUAUUAACAGGGUUAGCGAAUAAUCAUGAUUUUGCAAGAAUGAAUUUGCUUAUGAAGGAGAUGAAGGAGAGUGGGAUCAAACCAAAUAUUGUGACUUACGGAAUUACAAUCAAUCAAUUGAGUAAAUUGCGAAGGUUGGAUGAGGCAUUGGAGGUGCUUGAGCAAAUGAGGGGUGGAGAAGUUGGCGUAGAACCUGAUGUUGUUAUAUACAAUACAUUAAUCAAUGGAUUGUGUAAAGUGGGGAGGCAAGAUGAGGGUUUGAAGUUAGUCGAGAAGAUGAGACCGGAGAAAAAGUGCCGACCAAAUACGAUUACUUAUAAUUGCUUAAUCGAUGGAUUUUGUAAAGCUGGUGAGAUUGACAAGGGCAACGAGCUUUUCGAACAGAUGAGCAAAGAAGGUGUGGAGAUUAAUGUCGUUACGCUCAAUACUUUGGUAGACGGGAUGUGUAAGCACGGAAGGGUUAGCAGUGCAAUGGAGCUUUUUAAUAACAUUCGAGAGAAAGGCGUGAAAGGGAAUGCGGUUACUUACACAGUCCUCAUAACAGCUUUCUGCAAUGUUAACAAUAUCGACAGGGCGAUGAAGCUGUUCGACGAAAUGCAAGAAAACGGUUGCUCUUCAGAUGCCGUUGUUUACUACAGCUUGAUCUCAGGUCUUUGCCAGGCUGGAAGAAUGGAUGAUGCCACCUUUGUUGUGUCGAGGAUGAAGGAAGCUGGUUUCUGCUUAGAUGUUGUGAGUUACAAUAUUCUGAUCGGUGGGUUUUGCAGGAAAAAUAAAUUGGACAAAGCAGCCGAGAUGCUUAAAGAUAUGGAAACAGCUGGAGUGAAGCCCGACCGUGUUACGUACAACACUCUGCUCUCGUUUUUCUGCUCCAACGGAGAUUUCAAACAUGCCCACAAAGUGAUGAAAAAGAUGAUCGGGGAUGGUUUGACACCUAACGUUGUUACUUACGGGGCAAUGAUUCAAGCGUAUUGCACGAGUAACAAUAUAGACGCGGCUAUGAAAAUAUACACAGACAUGAGUUCUUCGUCAAAGGUACCUCCAAAUACUGUAAUAUAUAACAUGUUGAUUGACUCCCUUUGCAAGAAUGAUGGUUUGGAAGUUGCUCUUACGUUGAUGGAUGAUAUGAAGGAAAAGGGGGUGAGGCAAAAUAGCAACACAUAUAAUGCUCUGUUUAAAGGGCUUCGGCAGAGGAAAAUGCUUGAGAAGGCACUGGAAUUCAUGGAUCAAAUGACCGAACAAGCGUGUAAUCCUGACUAUGUUACGAUGGAGAUCCUCACUGAGUGGCUUUCUGAGGUCGGUGAGAUAGAAAAAUUGCGUAAGUUUGUGCAAGGGUACCAGGUUUCUGCUUCAACCAUAUAAAGAAAAUAUGGUCUGAGAAGGAAAUUACAGAAAGGACCUUUCUGUUGCCUCAAGAAAAAGAUAUGCAAGUUGAAUAUCGAAGUUAUAAUAUCCGGUUAAUGGAAAUAACCGUCUACAUUGUACAGUAGGGGGGGGGGGGGAACUUUGUUGAGAUAAUCGAGAAAUCAUGCUUGUUCAGCUUGGGAUUUGCCCAAUUCUCAAGAAAUCGAUUUGUUUCCACAAUUGACGAGGUUACUUAAUUUGUCUACAUGUUUUCUUUAUUUUUUUCGGUGGAAGUGGAGAAAGAAUGAGAUGCCCCUUCUGUAUUGUCUAUUAUUUCCCCUAGUCCGAUGACGUUUUUACGGAAUAUUGCUCCAAUUAAAGAUUUAUUUUAUUUGUCGUUCACAAAGACUCGUAAUUUUUUGUCCAAUGUAGCACAUGAUUCAGUUUUUAAGUGCAGCUCUCGGACAUCUUUCGAAGAACAGGAAAUCGAGAAGGGUUGGUGAUUUAAUUUCUACAUAACCUUGGUAUUACGGAACUCGUGUCUCGUUAUUUUCUUUGAAAUCGAAAUACUCGGUAGUAUUUCAAUUUUUAGUGUUGAAACUUCACAGUAACUAUUUUACUUUGUGUACUGUAUACAAUAAAUCUGAUGGGAACUGCUUUUUUA